UGUUGCUCUUGGAAACAAGUAAAAGAUUUUCUGCAUUGAAAAAAUUGUGAAAAAUAUCCAAGGAGGCAUUUUAGUAAAUAAAAAUAAAGUUUAUUUAUUAAUUAUUAUACGCUAUAUUCUAAAAUAAAUAAAUUAAAAGUCCUUUCUAACAGUACCAAAGUAAAGCAUUGAAAACAAUUAAAAGCCACCACAAAAUUUGCUGCUAACAGCGACGUCAAUGUGUCGAAAAAGUUUCAAGAAAUUUGUAAAAUACAGAUUGGUGCAAAAAAAAUUACAAAACCUAAAGAAGAAACAUAAACUGGCAUAAUUUAUGGUUUAUAAAUUUUAAUUUGUAAAACACAACAAAAUUGUUUGAUUAAUUUCGAUAGUGAAAAUUAAACGCAUACAAACAUACACAAACAAACCAAUACAAAAGCUGCAAACACAAAAAAUAAUAAAAUAAAAAAAGACAAAGAUUAAAAAGCGGCGCUCACGCAAGCGUCUACCACAAUAUUAAUUCUUGUUGUUUUUGCUGUUGUGUGUACAAUUCAUUCAGUGUUUAACUGUCUCGUCUUGUUGCUGUUUUUGUUGUUGUAGUUGUUGAAAUUUAAGUACAAUUUUUCUUGAAUAUUGUAUGUAAACUACUUACUCGCUCACUCGUUAGUUGGUUAUUAUUUUAAUUGUUGUCGUCGACCAUCAGUAGCUGCAACAGCAACAAAACGAUCAAUUAAAAGUAGAAGCUAUGGGUUAUGACCUACAUCGUUUCCAGGGCGAGGUCGAUGAAGAACUAACAUGUCCCAUUUGCUCUGGUGUCCUAGAAGAACCAUUACAGGCUGCCAUGUGUGAGCAUGCAUUCUGUCGUGCCUGCAUCAAUGAAUGGCUAUCACGUCAACCUAGCUGCCCUGUUGAUCGCAAUGCAUUAACUACGGCCAACCUACGUGCUGUACCCAGAAUAUUACGAAAUCUUCUAUCACGACUCUCUAUUACCUGUGAUAAUGCUGCCUAUGGUUGCACUUUAGUUCUGAAACUUGAUGCCCUAAACAAUCACUUGGAAGAGUGUGAACAUAAUCCCAAAAAACCUUUACCUUGCGAAAAGGGUUGCGGAUUUGUUAUACCCAAAGAUGAGCUCAAGGAUCAUAAUUGUGUACGAGAAUUGCGUACAAUGAUUUUGACACAACAGCAAAAGAUGAUUGAAUUUAAAACAGAAAUUGCCGAUCAAAAUUUAACAAUAAAUGAACUGAAGCGUGAAUUACAAUUGUUUAAAGACUUUAUGCGUGCUAUGAGAGUAUCAAAUCCGGCAAUGCGUGCUAUAGCUGAUCAAAUGGAACGUGAUGAGGUUAUACGCUGGAGUAGUACAUUGGCCCGGGCACGAGUGACACGGUGGGGCGGUAUGAUCUCAACACCAGAUGAUGCUUUGCAGAUGAUGAUUAAACGUGCUUUAUCAGAAUCUGGUUGUCCUCCUCAUAUUUUAGAUAAUCUAAUGGAAAAUUGUCAUGAACGACGUUGGCCACGUGGUUUAAGUUCGCUGGAAACAAGACAAAACAAUCGCCGCAUAUAUGAUAAUUAUGUUUGUCGACGAGUACCAGGCAAACAAGCUGUUUUAGUCCUAAGUUGUGAUAAUGCUCACAUGUCGGAAGAUGUUAUGGUCGAGCCAGGCCUUGUUAUGAUUUUUGCUCAUGGCAUAGAAUAAGCAAACGUAAUUAAGAUUGUUUUCAACGUAACGUGUAUGUUUGUUAUACAUUAAUUAUCAUUGAAAUGCUAUCUAUAUAAAUUUACAUUUAAAAUCUAUAUAUUAAUUAUAGUUUAUUCGUAUAAAAGUAAUCAUGAUAAACAAAAAAAACAAAAGAUAAGAAUUGAAUCUUCUCUAAAUAAUGUUAAUUAUUUUUUAAUAAACUGUUUUUUUUAAGAUAACAAAUACACAAUUAUAUAUUUCUAAUUCUAUAAAUACCAUGACUUUAUUUUUAAUGUUUAAUUUUAUUUGUAUAUAAAUAUAUAAAUUUAAAGAUGGCUUUAAUUUAAAAAUGGCCUUUAGAUAAUAUGUUUGCUAUUUUUUAUGCAUGUCGUAAGUGCUGAUUGAUAACACUAUGCUGCACAAAAAAUAUGCAGGGGUCCUUACAAGUUCGGAAAUACUUAAAGUUUUUAUCGAUCACUUCGAAAAUGCAGUGAAAUAACGAUAUUCUUAAAGUUACUACUUCAAAAAAUCAUAAAUAUGUUGUUUUUAAAUUGAUUUGAAACUUGUUUAUUUUAUUAAAAAAUAUAUGUUUUACCUUUCAAAUAGCAGUGAAAACACGUAAGUUAAUAAAAGAGAACAUGUUUUUCAACAUUUUCGGAUUGAAAUACUUGCGUGUUCUUUCUAAAAAAAAACAUAGCUGACUAUAUAUUACAUUAGUUGGCGAGCAUCUUACAUUAAACUACCGUAACUCAUCCAUUUCUUAACCGAUAUUUACAAGUCUUUUUAUGUUAAAACGAUAAAACUCUGUAAUUAGUUUCAAAAGAAAAUAUUUAUGAUAUUUGGAAGAUGUAACGUUAAGAGUACGAUUAUUUCACUAAAACGAAGUAAGUGAGAAAAACUCUAUGGACUCAAACAAAAUAGAACCCCUGCAUAUUUUUUUGUACCACUGUGUAAUCGCUUUUUUUUUUUUGCUUUAUAUGUAAUUUAUUUGUUAAGUUUUUUUUGCCUAUAAGUUUAGCUCUGUAGCUGUAUUUUCAAUUAGUUGGCAGCAGCUUAUUUUUUAAAUGUAAGCGAUCUCGAUACAUUAAGUGUUUACAAAUAAUAAUUAUUUAUGCAUACAUUUGUAAUAUUUUGUUAAUAAUAUACAUAUACCACUACAUACGUAUGUAUGCAUGUGUAUUUAAUUUAAAAAUUUAUUUUUGUAUUAAUCUACACUUUAUUUCAUUGUUUGCUUCAUUUCAUUUAGAAAUUCCAAUCGCACUAUUAUUUUGUUUCGAUUUAAUCUUUGGCCUUUUCCUUUAUAUUAGUUGGCAUUUUUCCUAUUAGUUUUUAGUAUGCGUUAAACAAGACUUGUAAAAUUAAUUAUUCUUUAUAAAGAACAAAAUUAUAAUAAUAGUUGUAAGUAAAUGAUUUAUUAGAGAAACGUUAUAAAUAAUAAAUAUCACUUUAAAUAAAUGAGAAUUGUCCUUAAAGAAAAACAAGAUACAAAAAUAAAACUUAAGUAAAUAAAUUUAA